GUCCAAAAUAACGUGAUGCCGUGUGUGAUGUUGGUGUCAGCAGCUGUGUAUGCUGUAGCCCGGGCCGAAUGUGACCCAGACAUCCCUUCCAGACAGCUCCCCCCACAGGGUAACCCACAGGCUUUGUCUUCAAGCCCACCUCUGACAUGCGGGGCGGGUGUGUACAAGGACACGUCAUCACAUACCUGCCGUCCAUGUCCAGAGGGCACGUUCAUGACCACCAAGAUGGCGAGCUUGGAGUACGAGAUGUGUGAGACUUGUCUGCAGCCCAACAGUAACGAGAGAGUGGAAGAGAAGUGCAGCGCAACACGAGACACGAACAUUCUGUGUCUGGAUGGCUUGUACAGGUCUGCAGGUACAGACAGGUGUGACUGGGAGUGUAGGAACUGUGACGUGUGCGGGCUGGGCAGCCAACAGUACCUCAACUAUGAAAAACGGAAGUGCAGCGGGUUCAACAACACCGUCUGCUGCAAGUAUGACGACAUGGAGGUCAUCAAUGAUCGAUGUGUUCCGGUGACAACACCUCCCACAACUCAACAUGUUACGUCACAGACCGGAAGGUCACAGAUCACAUCACCAAAACCCACCACUACACCUAUUCCAGUCGGAUUCAAAAGAAACAAGGGAACAAGAGUUUCUCCCCCUUUGUAUUUUACUCUAACAGUAUUAAUUAUGUCCCUUGUCCGGUUCGUUAUCUAGUCCGUCCUUUGCAAUAUUAAUCCAGUUUUUUUUGUCCAAUUAUCAGAUUGUUUGAGGCAAAAACAAAUAAUUUUUUAAGAGCGAAAUUUGUUUCUAAAAAAAAAGCCAACUCUUUUGUAUUGCUCAGAAU